AAUAAGACAUACACCUGACAAACCAAGGAUCGAUUGAUGGUAUAUCAAAUGUGGGUGUGGCUUUGUUAUCUAAGGGACGCUACUCCAAAAAUAUUUGUGUCUCACCUGAGUGAAAAGAAAAAAAAAUGGUGGACGCGGUGGAUGUUUAUUGGUGACAAACAAGUUCAAAGUGUGGAAACUUGGAUUUAAAGUGUAAACUAAUUUCAUUUAAACGGAAUGGAAUAAUUAAACAGUUCAGAUGAUUUCUGGACCGUCUCAGAUUUGUAAAGGAUGUGGCAAUGCCAUAAAUUCGGAACCUUUCGUUCAAGCUUUGAACAGCGACUGGCACUUAUGACUUAAAAUGUUUUCGAUUCAAGGAAUUUUAGCCACAUACAUGGAAUGAGUUAACUGUGGUGGAGACUACAAUUUGGGUCUAACUAAGAUCAAGAAGCAUGUGAUUGUCUGUUCUACAACAUUAUCUCUUGACAGCCUGAUAGACUUCCUGAAUGAGUUUUAUGAUAAUCCUAACUUAGAGAUUAACAAUUGACAUCCCCCCAUGACAAUGUCAUCAGGUUUUGGCAAAACAAACUUUCACAUCAGGCUAGAACCAAGAUCUUUGUGCUGCUUAGAAUGGGGAAAUUGGGAAAGGUUGUUCUAACAAUAUGUCAAAUGAUGUGGACCCGUGAUGUCACAGCUAUUCUUAGAGACUCUCGAACAGUUAUCAGGGGAAUGAGGGACUUCGAACAAAGAAGCUUUACAGAGUUAAAUCUUCUAGCUGGGGCAGUGAGAGGAGAACUUCCUAAACUGGCACGAGCUACACUCUGCGCUCUUAUUACAAUCAAUGUUCAUGCACGGGACAUAAUUUCAGAAAUGGUGAAAAAACAGGUAUCAGAACUUUUAAGUUUUGACUGGCAAAAACAACUCAGAUAUUAUUGGAAUAUGAAAGUGGACAACUGUGUUGUCUGCAUGUCAAUUGCUGUCUACACCUAUGGCUAUGAGUACCUUGGAGCCUGUCCUAGACUAGUGAUUACACCUCUGACUGACAGAUGCUAUCUCUGCCUUAUGGGAGCCCUACAACUUGAUCUAGGUGGAGCACCUGUAGGUCCAGCUGGUACUGGAAAGACUGAAACAACUAAAGAUUUGGCUAAAGCUUUGGCUAUAUGGUGUGUAGUGUUUAAUUGUUCAGACAGCUUGGAUUAUAAGGCUAUUGGAAGGGAAGGCUGCUUCCAUUAUCAUUAGACUAGGCUCACAAGUCUGAUAAAACUAAAACUCACCCCAAAAAGAUGCAAGUCUACAAUACAUGCGUUCUGAGUACAAAACAUGGUCAAUGUAUGUGAAACAAGUCCCCACCUCUGCCAAGUGGAUGUGAUCAAAAGGAAAAAAAAAAAAACAACUUUUGUGGUGAUCUUUUAAAAAGAAAAUAGUUGCUUAACUAUCUUGAUGAUAAAGGUGUGAUCAUCAUGUACAAAUGAAGCUUUCAGAAUGCAUCAAAUCAUAUUGUUGUAAACCUGGUGGUGACACAGUUGGGGGUAGUGCUGUGUGUUUUUAGCCUACUCAAAUCGCCACAGUCCAGUGCAGGAUGAGCGGUCAACUGUGACCAGUGACAGUACACGUCAGUUCGGCAACGACCUGUGUGUAAAUAUUACGCACGCAAGUCAUGGCGAUUGUGAUCAUUCUGAGUGGCCAAGAACGUUCCAUCCCAUUCUAGAAGGCCGGUAGAGACUCUAAAUAAGAGUGAGUGUGUUAGAAAGACUGCACUUCACGUUACCUCACAAUGUGACCAGACGAGGCGAAGUUAGAGACAGACGGUGUGUGAAGUCAGGCGGAGCUAGGCUAGGUUUUGGACAGUUAGUGUGAUGUUGUUGCCAACCGUACAGUAUUUCUAAUGUAUUUGAAAUUAAAUUGCUACUGUUACUUUGGAGCCCUGAUGAGUUGUGAGGUUCUUUGAGUUUGUUGUGUCGUGUGGUGCAGUUUGAAGAGAGCCUUGGAAGUAGAGGAGAGAUCGUAACAAUAACGAAUAGAAGAGCAUAUAAAUGCUUGGGAAGACAUGGACAUAGAUCUAGACUUCACCAUGUGUAGAGAAGUGGUAGAGAGACACUCAAUGAACAGCCAUGUAGCAGCAAUGCAGCAAUGAUGUAGCAAUGAUGUAGGAGCAAUGCAGCAAUGAUGUAGCAGCAAUGAUGUAGCAAUGAUGUAGCAGCAAUGAU